AUGUAUGAUACGUCCGAUGAGGCCUCCAAUGGGGAAGCUUGCAGCGUACACAGCAGCCAAACGACAAGAACCAAUCCCCCCCCCCCCCCCACCACCACAAGUGACGGCAACUUGGACCGUCAGUAUUCUCCAUCCCGCUCAGAGCAUCAACAUACUGUCGACGUUACUACGGAGGAUACAGAACAAGUCCGACUGAUUGGUGAUGAUAUUGCAGAGGAUACGGAACAAGAUCGGUCGCUCGAUGGUGUUAUUACGGGGGAUACAGAACAAGUUCAGCCGGCUCGUGUGGCUAUUGCCGAGGAUACAGAACAAGCGAGGUCGAUCGUCGAUGAUACAGAAGAAGGCCGCUUUGUCGAAAAUACUGGUACCACUGGUACAGAUCAAGAGCAAUCAGUUGUUGAAUGUAUUCCGGAGGAUACAGAACAAGCUGACUAG